UAAAGCGUAGCCAAAUCUAAAAAGGUAUGGGUACAUUUUUUAGACCAAAGGGAGCGCUUUUAAAAAGUAACCCAUUUGUUAAGUUUUGGGUGCGCUUCAAAAGUGUCUCCUAAUAUUAAAAUACCAAAUAAACACUUAGUAAAAUUUUGUUUGCCCUCGAUCACCCUCACUCCCUCACUCACGAAACACACACCCUCAUCCUCACUCAACACACACACACGAAAGAGGGAAGAAAUCAGAAAGCUAAGGGGGAGAACGGGAAGAAGAAGAGAGGAGGGGGAAGGAAGGAGAGAACGACGGCGGCUAACUAGCUAGGGCUCUACCGUCGUCAUCGUCGAAUGCCAGUGAGAGAGAGAGAGCUCAAGGAAGAGAGAAAACGCAAUGGAGGAGAGAAGAAAGGGGUGCUCUGUCGCCGUUAAAGCUCCACCGCCGCUGCUAGGGUUUGUUGCCGUCGCCGUUCUGCCACUGUCAAGCUGCUGUACCGCCAUCGAGGAUCUCGAAGGGAUGUCUCACCGCCGUUGUGCUUUGUCACCGCGCUGCCGUCGACUGGAGCUCGCCGCUAUGCUGCUGCACCGUCUCCAAGCCGUUGCGUCACCGCUCAUCUCUUCUUCACCGUUGCCGCUCAUCACCAUGGUCGUAUCCUCUGUCGCCAGAUAUAAAAUCAGGACAUGGAUUUAUUGUUGGAGAUGA